CCUUCGUGACGCAGCCCCGCCCUCCCUCGGCGCAAGGCAUCUCCGGCUCCGCUUUUUUGGUCCAGAGAGCCCCCCGUCAGACGGCUUCCAUGGCGUACAGUCAGGGAGGCGGCAAGAAGAAAGUCUGUUACUACUAUGACGGUGAUAUUGGGAACUAUUAUUAUGGACAGGGACACCCAAUGAAACCUCACAGGAUUCGCAUGACCCACAACUUGCUACUAAAUUAUGGCUUGUACAGAAAAAUGGAAAUCUAUCGACCCCACAAAGCCACAGCAGAAGAAAUGACGAAAUACCACAGUGAUGAGUACAUCAAAUUUCUUCGCUCAAUAAGACCUGACAAUAUGUCUGAAUAUAGCAAACAGAUGCAAAGAUUUAAUGUUGGGGAAGACUGUCCUGUGUUUGAUGGACUUUUUGAAUUCUGUCAACUGUCAACUGGAGGUUCUGUAGCUGGAGCAGUAAAAUUAAACAGACAACAAACAGACAUGGCUGUUAAUUGGGCUGGAGGACUUCAUCAUGCAAAGAAAUCUGAAGCAUCUGGUUUCUGUUAUGUCAAUGAUAUUGUGCUUGCUAUUCUUGAAUUACUGAAGUACCACCAAAGAGUGUUGUACAUUGAUAUUGAUAUUCAUCAUGGUGAUGGUGUUGAAGAAGCAUUUUAUACAACAGAUCGUGUUAUGACUGUAUCAUUCCAUAAAUAUGGUGAAUAUUUCCCUGGUACAGGGGAUUUGAGGGAUAUAGGUGCUGGAAAAGGCAAAUAUUAUGCUGUCAACUUUCCAAUGAGAGAUGGAAUUGAUGAUGAGUCAUAUGGACAGAUAUUUAAACCUAUUAUAUCCAAAGUUAUGGAGAUGUAUCAACCUAGUGCUGUGGUGCUGCAAUGUGGAGCAGAUUCACUGUCUGGUGACAGGCUUGGGUGUUUUAAUCUUACUGUCAAAGGUCAUGCUAAGUGUGUGGAAGUUGUGAAAACUUUCAACUUGCCUCUUCUUAUGCUUGGAGGAGGUGGAUAUACCAUACGUAAUGUCGCUCGGUGCUGGACGUAUGAGACUGCUGUUGCCUUAGAUUGUGAAAUUCCUAAUGAGUUACCAUACAAUGACUACUUUGAAUAUUUUGGACCAGAUUUCAAGCUGCACAUUAGCCCAUCAAAUAUGACAAAUCAGAACACCCCAGAAUAUAUGGAGAAGAUUAAACAACGUUUAUUUGAGAACUUACGCAUGUUGCCCCAUGCUCCUGGUGUACAGAUGCAGGCUAUCCCUGAAGAUGCUGUUCAUGAAGACAGUGGGGAUGAAGAUGCUGAAGAUCCAGACAAACGUAUUUCUAUUCGUGCAUCUGAUAAGCGGAUAGCCUGUGAUGAAGAAUUUUCUGAUUCUGAAGAUGAAGGUGAAGGUGGGCGUAGAAAUGUUGCAGAUCACAAGAAAGGAGCAAAAAAAGCUCGAUUAGAAGAAGACAAAAAAGAGAUAGAGGACAAAAAAGCAGAUAUUAAAGAGGAAGAUAAAUCCAAGGAUAGCAGUGGUGAAAAGGCUGACACCAAAAGCACAAAGUCGGAACAGCUCAGCAAUCCUUGAGUAUAAAGCCUCACAUCAAUUAAAGGACACAAUACUAAAGUGGGAAAAAAUGCUAAACGGAACUUUUUCAUAUGGGAAAAGACUGUUGAUUUUCAUUUUGUACAAUUCGGCAUGGAGCGUAUUUAUUUUCAAACAACUGUGUUUUGUUUUUUGCAAGUUGUAUUGUGUGUUUCCUAAUUAUGAUGCUGAAAUUUGUUCCUUCCAACAGGCUUUAAGUAAUAGUAUUUAAAAUGGAUGUGAGUUAUUAUGUUAAACGUCUAAACUGAUCUGUUAACAUUUGCCUUUUCCUGAACUGAUUUUACCCCUUUUUGUAACUAUAUCUUUAUUAAAAAAAAAUUGUACUUGG